CUCGAGCUGCAGCUGCUCUGCCGCUUUUUGCUCGCGCUGCGUGCAGCGUUAGGACCUACGUAGAGCCACGGCUCUCCCUUGACGCCAUCGCUGCGCAGCGGUGCACCCUGUGCCUUUUGAUUUAAGGUGUAGCACAAGCAAUCCAGCCCCAAUCUCAGCCGCGCGCGCCGGGCCCAAGGCGGCCGCAAAAAACACCAGAUCUCUGUCAGCAGCGAUGAACAACGCCCGCGCCCCCUCCGGUUCAUUAAUAGCCUGCGAUUCCAAUGAUGUCGUGAAAACCGCGAAGAACCAAAGAAAAAACAGAGUACUGGUCCAGCUGCCCGGUUUGUUGUCUCCACUAAGUGCGGGCGCGAUCGGCACGCUGAAAAACAUAGACGGAGAAACGCCGUCACUAUCGUUAGAUCUGCCCGACGGCUCGUCCCUCGAACUCACGGGACGGCGCCAGACCUCGUCAAGGGCGUUUAUGAGUCUAAAAAUGGGCGACGACGUGUUAGGUGUCAAAGAUGUGUUUGAAACAUUAAUAGUCUUCGACUGCGACCAGGACUUGACAGAUGCGCAAGCGGGAGACGCUUCUGCAUUGAAAGGGCCCCCCGACUUCGAGUAUGGUCUCUCAGCCGUCGCGGCGGCGGGCAAGGCCGCGAAGGCGCCUUCGCGGCGGUCUGGUGUCGUCUGCGAUUCCAGUGGAGACGAAGAGGAUGAUGACGACCUGGACAUUUUGGAGACGGAGCCGGGAAGUCGGCGGAGUUCCGGAAGGGCAAGGAAGCAGGUCAGUUAUAAUGUCGGUAAUGAUGACGACGACGAGGAGGAGGAGGACGACGAUGAUGGAGGUGAUUUUGAUUUGGAUGACGAGGUCCCUCUGAGUCCACCGCCCAAACCCAAACGGAAAAAACGGGAGGAGGAGUUCGAUCUCGACGACGAGGUUCCAAUUAGUCCACCUAAGCCCAAGCCGAAGCCGCGGGCGCGCAAGGUCUCUGAACCAAAGCCCAAGGCCAAGCCGAAAAAGCGCGCUUCUUCGGACGACGACGUCGUGGAGCUCUCGUCCGACGACGACAAGCCAGCGCCGAAGAAACGCAAAUCCAAAGCCGACUCCGACUCGGACAACGACUUCGAGGCCGACUCGCAGUCGCCCGUCAAGCCGCGGUCGUCGUCGUCGCGGGCGCGGAAGAAGGUGGGGUCGUACGCUAUCGACGACGACGACGACGACGACGACGAGCCCGCGGCGGCCGAGGAGGACUCGGACGCGCCGAUGGAGGACGACGACGACGACUUUGAAUUCGAGUAAGGUUGUUCUCGUA